UCCACCAGCGUCGACAUCAAUUCUGUCUCUUCCAUCUCUGUUCUGCUCUUGUUGUGUCUUUGCUGUGUGUCGCCAUCAUCUCUUUGCCUGUGUUACCUUGCAAUUCCCACAUCUGCUCGCAAUGAGCGCCUCAUCCAGCCUUGCCCGCAGGGCAGUGGUUCGCAACCCCCUGCUGGGACAAGCAAGAAACCUAUCCCGAGGCGCCUCGUCAGCUCUCAUUACCAGACAUAUCGCUCGACAGACUCAGAUUCCUGCCUUGGCCUUGUUGAUUCCAUUGCGCCAAUUGGGAACCGAGCCUCAUCGACCGGAUGCGCCGUCUGGACCGCCCCCCGGAUUCAACGCCGAGCUGGCUAAGAAGCCUCUGCCAAAGGAUCCCUCGAGCGCUGCCAAAAAGCCCGAUGCAGAGGCAAAUACUAAAGACGGAUCGGCCAGUGCUGCCGUUGCGCAGUCCGACAAGGCCGCUGAUGACGCCUCAUUAACUGAGCUGGCUGUGAAGAAGGACGGGGUCUCUGGCCAAAAGGAGCUUGCUAAGAAGAAGGAGGAGGAGAUUAAAUUGACAAUCUGGCAAAAGGUCAAGAAGGAAGCUCAGCACUACUGGGAUGGAAGUAAGCUGCUUGCUACAGAAAUCCGCAUCAGCUGGCGGUUAGCCCUCAAGAUGGCCGCCGGUUAUGAGCUUACCCGCAGAGAGAACAAGCAGCUUCGGCGCACUGUUCAGGAUCUCGGCCGACUUGUCCCCUUUUCCAUCUUCAUCAUCGUUCCCCUGGGCGAGGCUCUGCUUCCUCUGGCCUUGAAGCUCUUCCCCAACAUGCUCCCCAGCACAUUUGAGGGGCAAAAGUCCAAGGAGGCCAAAGCUACUCUCUUGCGGUCCACGAGGAAGGAAGUCAGCUCUUUUAUCCAGCAGACACUCAGGGAGACUGGCCUUCCCCUGAGCCAGGCGACUGCGACUGCCCAGAAGGAAGAGUUUGCCAACUUCUUCCGCAAGGUCAGAUCCACCGGUGAGGCGCCUACCGACCAGGACGUUAUCAAGGUCUGCAAGAUCUUCAGAGACGAUAUGACUCUGGACAACUUGUCUCGCCCUCAGCUGGUGUCCAUGUGCCGAUACAUGGGUCUCAACACCUUUGGCACAGACUCCAUGCUGCGAUACCAGAUUCGCCACCGCAUGCGUCAGAUCAAGCGCGAUGAUAAGGCCAUUGCCUUCGAGGGCAUUGACAGCCUGACCGUCGCCGAGCUGCAGUUGGCAUGUGCCGCCCGUGGUAUUCGCACGCACAGCGUAUCCCCCGCUAGGAUGAGGGCCGACUUGCAGACGUGGCUUGACUUGCGUCUCAAGGAAGGUGUUCCCUCCACGCUGCUGGUCCUGAGCAAUGCUUACAUGUACGGCCAAGGAUCUGGCGAGGGCUCAAGCCAGAUUGAGGCUCUUGUUGGUGUUCUGUCCUCUAUCCCCGAGGAGCUGUUCCACGAGAUUGAGCUGGAAGUGCACAAUGCUGAGGGCGCCGCCACCAACAAGCAGCGUCUUGAGGUUCUGAAGGAGCAGCAAGAGCUCAUUGAGGAGGAGGAGCUGCAGAACCAGGAGAGCCAGACGACCGGCUUUGCCACUCCUCGUGAUGUCGAUGACAUUGACGAGAAGGAGGAGCGGCAAAUGACGGCUGCCGAGAGCGGCCUCGAGAAGAAGCCUGCCGGCGAGAUGGUUGACGCUGAGCUGGAGCAGAUCAAAGCCGUCGAGGCCGAGCACAAGGCCGCUGCCAAGGAGCAGAAAUGAUGACGAACCAGCAAUUGUAUAAAGUAUAAAAAAAGAAGGAAGCUCAAAGCACCAAAAAAAGGUCAUAAAGGAAACAAAUCAUGGCGUACACAAGAGCGCCGGCAGUCAAACGACUUGUUAAUCUUAGCAAUUUCAUAUGUACAGUGGGUACCGCAUACCCGAAAGGAUAAGGGAAACAUGUUAACAGUAAGCCGGAUGAUGAGGAACAUGGAAACUACUUAGUUAGGGAGCCGGGGCGGUAUAGACAUCUCGACACACAGGAAACAAACCAAUAGACGACGCAUACAAUC